AUGGCCCUCGAAGGAUUCAACGCUUGGAGGAUCAUUUCAACAUCAACUUAUGAAGACAUAACACUUCAAUUUAUCAGAAAUAAUUCAGGAUUGUAUAACAUUAACAUUAUAUUCAUGCUUGUUUCUUUCAAUGUCCCUUUCACGGUUCCGGAUGUGUAUGAAGUCAUAAACCUUCAAAAUGGUUCGACUGUACCGCCCAAUUGCUUUAUUCUUUUUAGAAGGGAGGUUCAAUCACGCGUCUCGUCUACAGGUUUGCGUAUAGGACGUGGUGCUUUAUCUAGACUUUUAAGUGCUAUUUGGAACGAUUUAAGAGUAAAUGACCCAAAUCUGGUGAACUCGUUCAGAAAUGUCGCCAACAAUGUAGCAAGGAUGUUUAAUGAAAGAUUACGGAUUAGGAUUGUCAACGGUUUUGAAUAG